GCUCCGGUGCGGACUUUGAGAGUUGUUUGGUGGUUGGUGUCUUAAGCGACGAACGGAGCUAACCGAAUUGCGCGCUUUCAAUGGUGCCUUUUCCAAACUUCCUGAAUCUGAUUCCUGAGCAGAUUUGAGCUGCGCCGUCCCUCUUCGAAUCGGUGUGUGUGCGCGUUUUGGGUUAGUUGACCAACUCCAUUCCUCUGUUGCUGUUGGAUGCUGUCUGCUGUUUACGCGUCAAGUCAAUGCUGCGGACGCUCUUGAUGUGUUUGCUUCCGGUCGCAAUUGUCCUAUAGCUGCGCGAGUUAUCCUUCAUUCUGAGUAGAAGGCAAAUGACUAUGGUCUGCUGAUCUCUAUACAAUUGAAGUGAACGUGUCGAAACUAUUCAAAGCGAUGGUUUGAUUGUAAUCCUUGCCGAAUCGAUGGCUAAUAAUUUCUACUUGAAGAAAAUUUCUUGUACAGUGGGUUGUCCUGCGCCGCUAUUAUAUGUAUGUGAUGCUGGACUCCAUAGGGUGCAGGAAAUACAUAUCCCCCGCGAGAUGCAGUUGGCACGACAGAGGGUACCCGCUAUCCUUACACACCACACCCCUUGCGUACAGAGCCCAGCCCUUACGUAUAGAGCCCAACCUUCCUUGCCUAUUUCCCUUAUUUUCCCUGUCCGUUUUCCAAAUUGUACACAAACACAACGAAAACCGUUUGAACGCUGGUAAGGAAAGCCACAGGAGCUAUGAGAAAAUGGUUGAUAAAUAAGGCGCGUGGUAAAAACUCUGGCAGAGAAAAAAAUGGUAAAAUGUUUUCCAUACUCAAAAUUGCAUGUCAGUGGUACAUGUGCCUAUCGUUCUAAUCGAAAUAGUCGAAAAUUAAACCAAAUGAUGGUUUCCCUUUUUGUUAGUUCCCGAUUUUCUAAUAAUAAUAGAAAAAAGCGAUCAGCAGAUAUCAAAAAAAGCGACAAAUUCAUCGCAAAUCCGUUCUGCCCUCAAGUCAGCGGGUCAGAGUAACAUUCCCAAGAUAUGUGUCCCACCGUACACCAUCGACGUAAGGCAACCAUCCAAAGACCCAACAAUCGAUACGAUUUCCACCGAUAAGGCCAGAUUUUCCAAAGAAACAACAUUCCGCAAUCUACGGCCGGGACGGAUCGUGUGCAGAUCAACGAACGAAAGAACAUCCAACAUCAAAGCACCGUUGCACUGGGCAGAGAACGUCAUCGGACGCUCCUCGAAAUAUUCUACGCUGUAACCAGACUACAAGAAGCGGUAUUUAAAUGCUUGGAGUUAGGAUGCUGAUGCUGCACUAUAGCAAACACGGUGAGUGCAUACUCCAGGAAAUAGGGGCUGCAUUUCGAGGGGAACAUGCGACGGACCUGCUGCUAAUCUGUGAUGGCAAGGAGACAGUGCGUGCACACAAACUUGUACUGGCGGCCGCCAGUCCCCUGAUUCGAAUGAUCCUCGAGGAGACACCUGUGUUGGAGGGCGAAACCACAGUUUACUUCCCUGACGUGCAAGUUUGCUACUUUCGCUUGCUGCUCGAUUUCCUGUACUCCGGUCAGGUGUACGUGCCCGCCAGCGAGGUACGCCAUUUGCAAGAUCUCUUAGCCUUACUUCAAAUCAAGCCCAGUAUAUGGAAAAACUCCGAGAACAGCAACGAUCGUGGUAUGCAGAAAUCGGUACCACUGGUGGAUAUUAAUCGAAAUGAAGGCCUGGGUCCGAACGAUCGUCGACAGAGGCGAGCCAAGAGCCAAGAACUGCUGGACUCACAGCACGUCGGUUAUCCUGCCGGUAUGACGCCCCACAACAUUAUUGUCAAAAGCGAACGCCAUUCAGUUGGCAGCUCGGAGGAUGGGGCAUUGGACGGUGAGGAUGCCGACUAUAUGGACGAGAUAGAGGAGGCCAUCAUCGAGAGCAAUAACAACGUACAACCCAUAGUCAGCAGCCAACAAGAUGAUGACAAUGGCGGUGGUGCUGUUGGUGCUAGUGGCGAAGGUACCAGUGGAAGCGUAGGAUUCGCUAUAGAAGGCGUGGGGGAUGGUAGAGAAGGAGGAGGAGGAGGAGGAGGAGGAGGAGGAGGAGAAGGAGAAGGAGGAGGAGGAGGAGGAGAAGAGGAAGAAGUAGAAGAAGAAGAAGGACAUAUAGAAGUAGAAGGAGGAGAAGAUGGAGAAGGCGAGGGAGGUAGUGGUGCAGGAGGUGAAGGAAGAAGAGAAGGAGUAGAAAGCAGUGGCGGAGAAGGUGGUGGAAGAGGAGGAGGAGGAGAAGGAGGAGAAGAAGGGAGAAUAGAUGAAGGCGCGGGAGUAGUAGCGACAGGAGGUGGAGCAGGCGAUGAAGGCGGAAGUACAACAGGAGAUGUACGAAGUGAAUCGGGUAGCAGUAGAAGUGGAGCUGAUGUGCUGCAUCCGGACUCGUUGCGCUCGUCUGCCUUCGUCCGCCAGUCGGCAAGGACUAGGCACAGUGCGGCCCGUAGUGGCAGCACCUGCGAUGCUCUGGAAGAGGAUGAUGAUUUCGAGCUGGAUGUAGAGGAUCGCGAGAUGGUGGAUAAAGAGAUAACGCAGAGUGGUGCUGUUAGUGGGGUACAGCGGACCGAGCCGAUCCGCAAUCGGAGGCGCAGCUCGUCUGAUCCUGUCAACCUGUCGAUCGUGAAGCAGCAACAGCAGGAUGUCGAUUCGGACGAUGCCAACAUAGACGUGGAAACGAUCAGCAAUGCACCAACGAAGAACCUAUUGCCACCCCGAUAUCUGGAUCCAUUUCGCACCAAACGGAAAGCGUACUACAUCCACUCGGACACCGAGUCAUUGAAGCCGAGUCUUGAACACGAACUACUGCACGGAUCACCGGAUAACUACGUCGUGACACCGCACCGGAAGCGUCGUCCCGGCUUUCACAAUUCGCCGGCCCAAAACCCGCCGUUCGUGCCAAGCUACCUGGAGGACCUGCGAACUCGCAAGUGUUUCCUCUCUGCACCAGUAUCGUUCUUGCCGGAUAACAGGCCCCCAUCUCCCGCCACCGCUCGUACUUCUGACCACGGAGGGACCAGCCUCGGAAACAAUCAUUCGCCCACCCACAACAACAACAACAACAACAACAACAACAACACCAAUAACAACAACCGGCGUCCUCCGAGCACCGACAACAAGCUGGCAGUGGCUCCCUUCGUGUAUCCUUGGCCAACGGCGGCUCUAGCAGCGUUGCCCGGUGGCCCAGCAGAUCUGCUAACCGUUCCGUACCUGCACGCGGCCAGCGCCAACACCGACACUAGUCCAGCCGAGUUAAUACAGCAGAUGAAGAACUUCGAGAACAGCCAAGCUGCGGAAAUGCUGAGCGCCCGUUCGGGAGCCACCGGUGGUGCCAGUGUCGCUGGUAGCGGUGGGAGCAGCGGCGGCGGCGGAAGCAUAGGAGUAAGCAGUCUUUCCGGUUCGGGUUCUGGACCAACAGUGGUCGGCAGUGGUAAUACACCAGUCCGGGAGUACCGCUGCGAGUACUGCGGCAAGCAGUUCGGCAUGUCCUGGAACCUCAAAACGCAUCUGCGUGUGCACACGGGAGAAAAACCGUUUGCCUGUCGACUCUGUGUGGCGAUGUUCAAACAAAAGGCCCACCUGCUGAAGCACCUGUGUUCGGUGCAUCGGAAUAUUAUCAACUCUCCCGAAUCCGGUGGCCGCUAUACUUGUUGCUUCUGUACGCUGUACUUUGAAACACUGCAGGAACUGGUGCGGCAUCUGUCCGGGCACCAUAACAACUUGCUUCUGAGCAAAAACUUGCAUGAAUGAUACAUGGUGCCUCCGGGGGUAAUGGCUGCUACUGCUACUGCUGCUGCCACGACGACGACAACGACGACGAGUAUCGUCGACAACGAGAGACUUCGUUCGAAUCACAGCAAUCCACGGUCGGUUGCUAGUCGACAUCAAGAUGCUGCAGAGCAAAACUUCCUCCGGCGCUACUACGAACUUCAUCCUUUGCAUCAUCAUCGGCUGGAGCUAUACGCAACACUUUGAUGGAUGAAACCGUGGCGCUAACUGAAAGCAAAGCUACUAAUCGAACAUGGAUACCAUAUCGAAGCAUGGUAUUUGUGGAGGAUCGCGAUGGUCGAUCAAUGUACAAGUGCAUCUGGUGGCCGAGUUUUGCAUUGAUUUUCCCUAGGAAGAUUAAACCGGUCAAAACUCGUGUCUCGCACUUUUGACGAUCCUUUGGUACCCGCGUCUAAGGCCUUGGGCAAGGUUUUUCACCUAUGUACCUUUGGUUGCAUCCCACUGCACCGACCCAUAUACUUCUGCUUGUGAAUGUGUCUCAUUAAUCUAUAGUUAGGAUUGGACUGUAUGGGUGUGUGUGUCUAUGUGUGUGUGUUGUGUGUGUGUCGUUUAUUGAUCCCAUAAACACACAUAAAAGACACUCAAUGCAUUCUGGGAUACUUGUGUAUACGCGCAGCAAUUGCAAUCGUAAUGGCAUUCAGAUUCGUUUGUCAAUUGCAAUAAUGCAGCACAAUCAAGAUAGCCAGAUCAAUUUGCACAAAAAUGCAGAGUGAUAAAAUCUUUGGAAAAUACUCCUAUUCUAUUUCCAGCUGUUCGCUUCUCCGCUCAAAACUCCGCUCAAGCCAUCCUGCCCUCCCUUGUGCACCCCCAGAUACCCCUUUUCUAAAGAAAGCAAUUCGUAACUUCCCGCAAUCAUUACACCGAUAACACAGAUCUGCUAGCUGGGGGAUACACGUAUGAUUAAAAUGCCUAUUACACUUUAUGCAGAUUCCAAAUGAUUUUAGUCCCUAACAUUUACUCAUUUUAUUUACUUGAAAUUCAUUUACUCCCAUGUUGUUCGCUUUCUUUAAAUUCUAUCCUUUAAACACUGUAUCAAUUAAAUCGCUUCCCUUCUUCAACCACCACCUUCACCACCAGCUCAUUUGCACAUUGCACCUCCCCUCCUGCUCAUCUUCGUUUACCUGAGGCGCCAGAUGCGGUCCAUGGCAUCCCUUACCCAUGAGAGAUAUUUUGCAAUAUCAUGAUCAACACGCUUCUAAAGAGUAGUUGGUGUAAUUUAUUAAGUAUUUUGUUGUUUUUAAAUGAUUUUUAUGCGCCACUGCAUUCUGACACAAUUCCCUAUUCGUUUUCUAUCCGUUUUAUUGUGAGCAUCCUUUUGAGCCCUUGACCUUCGCCGAUGGUCCUUACUUCCGUAAUCCGUUUCGUCUUUGGUGAAACAUUAAUUCCCAUUAAUAUUGUACUACUAUAACAUAUAGAGCUUUUGAUAGUAAGAACUUACGAACUUAUCGUAACUUAUCCGCUAACAACGCUGCUUUGUCCAUCAUCCGUCGUGUGUUUGUUCUUGCAUGAUGGGCACGCAACACCACCGUCUCGAACGCAAUUCUUACUUAUGUAAAAAUUAUGUUACACGCGGGGAAGUUACUUAGAACUAAGAAUGAAUUGCCGUGAUUCACAACAUGCGUCGCGGAGCAAGAGAAACAAUUAAAGUGGAUGCUGGAAGGAUGGUAAGCACAUGUGAAACUAUAGAUUAUGCUAUCGACGCAUACCCACCACAAAUUGUUAGUUGCCGACCGAUUAGUAGCCCAUCUAUCCUUCCGUGUCUCAUUCCCCUUUGUCACUUUCCUUCUCUGUGUCUGUGAUGUUUACAUAUUAUUUUCACAUAAUUCAUAUUAAGACAUCAAUCUUCUCCACCGGAUCAUGUAUAUUUACCAUCAGAAAAUACCAAAAAUGAAAUCCGAUAGAAAGGCUCACCACAGUUACAUGCAGUGUAUCAUGUUUUCUUCUCCUUGAUUUCGUUGCCUUUCGUUGCGCGUAACAAUGUUACAAACAAAUCGAAGGGGUGGGUUCGGUAUUGUGGCAAGAUCAUCGAUAGUAGUAAGAUUUGCGACAAUUAUUAAUGCAUAAGGUUUGUUGUUAAGACUAAUCGUAACUGCGCAUCGAUCGAGCGAAAAACAGAAACCAGACGCAAAGUCCAAUUUAUAAAGCACUUCGUGUCGUUUGAUGCAAAACCGAGGAUCGAGUUGCUUUGUUAUAUUGUAGUAAACUGAUGGUACAAAUUAUGAGCGUAGUGCAAGUUAGUACAGUUAUUAGUCGUGCUACGGAAUAUUCAAUUGAUAUUUUGUGUUCUGAUAUUCUAAUUGAACCCAGCGUUAAAACGUUAGAACUUAUGACAAUGGACAACCGAUAGGCAAAUCUCACACACUCAUCAUUCCGUUCGCGUUGUUGGCGAAUUUCAGAGCAGCAUGGACACAAUAUGUGGACAGGACACUGCAGUUAGACCGAUUGUCCAUUCUUAUCGAGACGGUCGGUGUUCAACCGAGUCACACAGUCCAUUUUUCCAUUUACCCUCUGCUUCAUAGCAAUUCGACCUUACGCGAACUAGUACUCAUCUAGCAAAACAAAGAGAACAACUAAAGACAUUCGAUUUUAAUAGGAGUUCAGCGCAAAAGGCACAACAUGUAUGGUAAUAGAUAGAUUACUUUCUUAACGGAGUUAGUAGGUAAGGAAUGGUGAAGAUCAAGCCUGGCCCGAAUGUAAUCCCACUCAGACCAUAACCAAAAUUGCGGGAGGCUUUUCGAAGCGAAAUCUUCGCCAGCAUCGUCACGCGAUGGGAUUGAAUUAACGUUAUGUAGUGCUGGACACUGCAUGAAAAGCAAAUUUCUAACUAUUAUUUGGAAUUUUCAUAAAACUACACGCCAUAUGUUUGGAGGGACACGUGAGAAGCCUACACUCUCAGCCGAUUAACCUGAAAAGGAACGGAUUGCCGCUGGUAGGGUAGAUUGCCGUGAACCGUUUCGUAAAUAAAUGGUCACCAUUUCAAAAGAAGCCUACUCCGAACACUUUGGCACACAUUAUUUAAGUGUGAACUGUGUGAAGACACGUGCAACUAGACCACACUUUGCUUGGUUCCACCACCUUUGCUGCAGUUUUGCUUUUAAUUUACAACUUUCCUAUAUGGUGUAUAGUUUUCCCUCCAGCUCAUGUGCAGUAUUCCGUCUGUCCAUCCAAGCUAAUGCACAAUAUUUUGUAACGCUCCAGAAGAAGUAUUGGAUUCCGAACUUCUAGCUAGAUGGUUUCAGAGGUUAGAAAGCGAACCAGAAGGGCAAUAAAAAAACCCCCUAAACAACGAACAAAAUCAAAAGAGAAACGGAAUAUGAAGUAAAAAAGCCAAUUUAAGACAAUUUUUCUGUAAAAAAGACAAGUUUAGAUGAUAAAAGUGAACGUUGUGAUGACAUAGGUCCUUUAGGAAUAUGUUCGAGAAAAAUAUUUUCCAAUCCUAUUAAAACGAUUCGUGUUCAGCUUAAUGUUUAAGGGGCAAGCACUAGAUUUAGAAAUGUGAAGAAAAAAAAAACAAAAAAAGGAAAUUGCUAGCAUCGAUAAGAGUUUCUAUUCACACUUAAGUACAGACUGUAGUGUCUAGUAAGAUCCCUCUUAUCCUAUCUUUCCAUUGUCUAGAUUUUUUUAUUGUAUCUUUCUUCAUUCUUUGUGUUGUUCUGCAUCCUUAAACUUAAGAAACCGUAUUUUUCCAUUAUAUAGUAUAGUGGAAGGUGUACAUAUAGCGAAAUAGUAGCAAAAAGCAGAAAACGCCUGAUGUGUAGAAAUGUAUUAUUUAAUAAAUGCUUAAUGAAUCGAA